UUGCUUCCACCACUCACUCAAUUUCAUUGCCCUCGAGGGAAGCUUCUGUAUGACCACAUUAUCUGUCAGCCCAAAAUUCAUGAUCUCAUCAAGCAUCUCCUGUGUGUUAUUGGUGGACAGAAAAUCCACGAGUCUGAGCAUGAGGGUCGCGUGAAGAUGGACAUGGUGCUGGUGGCUGCAGAGGUCUUACUGCAGAACGGAGACCAGGAGACCAGGAGCAACACCCACGCCAGGCUCAAAGAGCUCAAAGCAUUAUGGGAGGAGACCUGCACCUACAUCAUCCACUGCCACAGGUAGUUAACCCAUGAUCUCUUCCAUGACCUCCAAUGACCUCUGUGGCAACUGAAAAGGGCAGUUCAAUUACUAUGUCUCCUUAAAAAGGAACUGCCAUGAGUUUUAUUGUCUGUCACAUCAGUAAAUAUUACACACACAUGGGUAAUAUAUGCAUGAGGGAAUACAUUCCAUUUGUCCAGUUAAAGAGAUUUGAUUGUUAAUGGCAUGGCAGAAGGCCUUGUUUUUGUUUAGGCCGUAUAUACACCGUUUUCUAAGGUCUUUCUUUGUUUUUCUAUGGUCUAUCAUUACACUUCAACCCACCCUACUACUCUCUCUUUCCCAGCCGGAUAGAGUGGGUGUGGCUGCACUGGAGUGAGUACCUGAAGGCGCAUGAGGAGGUUGAGAUGUGGCUGGUCCGCGUGCGUCGCAGUCUGGAGCCGGAGGUGGAACUACAGCUGGGGGUGAAGGAGAAACUGUGGCAGGUGAGCGAACACACCUGACACUGGCCUAGGUGUCAAUAAUAGUGAUGUCUAUGUUUAGCCAGGGGAAGAGAGGUCUGGAAACUCUAGAGUGUGAGUGAAGAGGGUAGGCCGUGGUUCCAACGGAUACUGACUAUAAAGUAAUACUACUGAUACCAUAUCAGAAGGCCAACUGUACUGCCAUAUUUUGAGUCUGGCUGUUUGGUCAUAAGGAAUAAUAAACCUAGCUACAUCAAGCUAGCCUUCAAAUGCUGCCAAUCAUUCCUAUAGAGAGCGCAUAAACCGAUGCACACAAUAGCUAACGUGUGUGUCUUCCAGGUGGACCACCAGCAUGUCUUGCUGAGUGACGUGCAGAGCCAGGCGCUGCUGUUGGAGAGGCUGUUGGACGAGGCUGCAGCACUGCACAACCGUACCCAGGACCCCAGUGUGGACCAGGAGGCACAGGAGAGACUGCAAGAGGCAUACAACAGCAUACGGGACAGGGCUGAG